UUCUGCUCUCUGGACAGGACCAACCCCUACUGUCUGACUCUCACCAACACUGGUCUUUCUUGAUCUGAGAUUCUUCCUACUCUGCCUUCUACCGCUUUCAUUGAUCUAAGAGUCUAGAGGCUUGUGUUUUGCGGAGGCCUAUCUAUUGAGGACCACUAUUCAUCAUGGGUUCUGUGCGGUGUACAGCUGUCCCACUCCCCACAAACCUACUUGUCCUAGAGGCCAAAGUAGAUAACUUGACUCACAAGUUGGAUGAGCUCCUCUCCAGACAAAUAGGUUCCUGCUCCGUCUGCUCCACCUGCAGUCUGCACAGCGGCCAGCCAGAGGCAACAGAAAGGCAGCUUGUGGCCCAGUCCAGGCUGCUAGAGAACUUUGAGAGGAAGAUCGGUGAGAUGCAGAGGACCUUAGAUGCCCUGGCCAAAGGUCUGGAGCAAAGGAACCCCCACACCUGCCAGGAAGCUUCCCCAGCCCCACCCAUUGAGCCAUCACCUAGGACAGUAUAUCUGCCAGCCAGGACCUCACUAGUCACUUCUAAGGAUGAGAUCCCGGAUCAGUUGGAGACAAACAGACAGCAGGAUAAGACACAACACACUCCUACCACCCCAGCAAAGAAAGAGACAGAUGCAAAGAAAACGUUGACACGGCUGGCAGUAGCAGUUUUCCCAUCAAUGGCGCACACUCAAAAGAUUUUGACUCAGACAAGGACCACAGUGACGAAGAACCAAGCGGUGACAUCCAUCGAGGCGUCACUUAGGACAGCAUCUCUGCCAGUCAGUGAUUCAUUAAGCACUGAAAAGGCUGAGACCCAGAAUCAGUUUGAGACGAACAGACACCAGGAAACAAAGCAACAGACUCCUAUCGCUCCUGCAAAGAAAGAGCAAAGAGAAUGUGUUGGAGAGCAGUGGAUUGGAGGGAACCAGCAGGGGUUCAGAGGUCAACCAAUGGCAGCAGAUUCCCACAGACAGAGUGAAACUGAAAGGGGUGAGAUGAGAGAGGUUCCAGCUGUAGCGGUUGUCCCAUUAAUGGCGGACACUCCAAAGACUGAGACGAGGACCACAGUGACGGAGAAUCAAGCAGCUGCUCCAUCAAGUCCCGCCCCCGCACCAAAAAAGCCGUCUGGGUUGGCUGUCCUUAUGCCAACCGUGGAGAGCUCCUCCCUUAGACAAGUGCACAGCUGUCCAGAGUCCUUGCAGAGGCUCCAGAGCUCAAGGCCCAAGCCCCAGUAUGUCUGCCCUGCCCCUGGACCGGCUGUUGGGAAGACCUGCAGUGUGUUGGGAGGGGCUAGUCCAGUUGCAGCCAGUGGAAUACAGAUCAUAGUAGUCCCUACUACAGCAGAAAGGACCCGGCCCAAGUCCCAUACCAAAACUUGCCAUAAGGUCAUAGAUGACGUUCCCCCCCAGCCAGCUCCUUUCCUUCACCGCUGUGUGUCGUUGCGAUCCAACCCCCCAUCUGACACCUUCGUCAUCCACACCAGAGAGGUGCUGGGGAGCGGACGCUUUGGCAAGGUGCACAAAUGCACUGAAAAAUCCUCUGGACUAAAGCUCGCAGCUAAGAUAAUCAACACACGAACUGCUAAAGAAAAGGAAAGGGCAAAUAACGAGGUGCAGGCAAUGAACCAGCUGAGUCAUCCCAACAUCCUCCAGCUCUACGAUGCCUUUGAGGCCAAGCACCAGCUGGUGUUAAUUCUGGAAUAUGUUGAAGGCGGGGAGCUGUUUGACAGGAUUGUGGAUGAGAGCGCACCGCUGACCGAGGUGGACGCCAUGGUGUUUGUCAAGCAGAUCUGUGAAGGGGUCAGCUACAUGCAUCAGAUGUACGUCCUCCACCUCGACCUGAAACCGGAGAAUAUCCUUUGUGUGAAUCGAACUGGCCAUCAGGUGAAGAUUAUCGACUUUGGGCUGGCAAGAAGAUACAGGCCUCGGGAGAAGCUCAGAGUCAAUUUUGGAACCCCUGAAUUUCUGGCCCCAGAGGUGGUCAACUUUGAUUUUGUGUCCUUUCCCACAGACAUGUGGACCUUAGGGGUCGUCACUUAUAUGCUUCUAAGUGGCCUUUCACCCUUCCUGGGUGAUGAUGAGAGCCAGACCCUCAACAACGUCCUCUCUGCCAACUGUUCUUUUGAGGACGAGGCCUUUGAGCACAUCUCAGCUGAGGCUAAGGACUUUAUCUCCCACCUUCUGGUCAAGGAGAGGGGAGGGCGAAUGAGUGCUUUACAGUGUCUAAGACAUCCGUGGCUCAACAACAUUGCAGAGAAGGCCAAGGGCAGCAAUAUAGUACUGAAGUCCCAGGUCCUGCUGAAGAAAUACCUGGCCAAGAAACUAUGGAAGAAAAACUACAUUGCGAUAGCGGCAGCCAACAGAUUCAAGAAGAUCAGCAGCGGUGGGGAACUGACCUCUCUGGAUACGGAGACGGAUACAGUACCUAUAGCAACGUAACAAUGUCACCCAUUAGUACAGUACCUACACUGCCGCCUUACAAUGUCACCCCCUGUGAAAUCUGUACUGACCUACGCUGGACAAACUGCAUACUUGUAAAGACCUCCCACAUAAUCAGUCAGAGAAGGUACUCGUGUCAUGGUCUGUCUGUGUAAACAAAACAGGACACAGUGUGUGAAUAAAUAGUGGCUACACAACAUAAUUUCACUCAUAAAAUGAGCAGCAAUUUUGUACUUUGAUAUUUUUAUUUUCUUGUGUGGAAAUUUAUGGAAGCGGAUUCAUGCCAACAGAUAUGACACUACAUCUAUAAAGGAAAUACACUGCUCAAAAAAAAUAAAGGGAAGGUGCAAGGAGGUGCACUGCCAGAGCCCUGCAAAAUGACCUCCAGCAGGCCAUAAAUGUGCAUGUGUCAGCAUAUGGUCUCACAAGGGGUCUGAGGAUCUCAUCUCGGUACCUAAUGGCAGUCAGGCUACCUCUGGCGAGCACAUGGAGGGCUGUGCGGCCCCACAAAGAAAUGCCACCCCACACCAUGACUGACCCACCGCCAAACCGGUCAUGCUGGAGGAUGUUGCAGACAGCAGAACGUUCGCCACGGCGUCUCCAGACUCUGUCACGUCUGUCACAUGUGCUCAUGUGCUCAGUGUGAACAUGCUUUCAUCUGUGAAGAGCACAGGGCGCCAGUGGCAAAUUUGCCAAUCUUGGUGUUCUCUGGCAAAUGCCAAACGUCCUGCACGGUGUUGGGCUGUAAGCACAACACCCACCUGUGGAUGUCGGGCCCUCAUACCACCCUCAUGGAGUCUGUUUCUGACCGUUUGAGCAGACACAUGCACAUUUGUGGCCUGCUGGAGGUCAUUUUGCAGGGCUCUGGCAGUGCACCUCCUUGCACAAAGGCGGAGGUAGCGGUCCUGCUGCUGGGUUGUUGCCCUCCUACGGCCUCCUCCACGUCUCCUGAUGUACUGGCCUGUCUCCUGGUAGCGCUUCCAUGCUCUGGACACUACGCUGACAGACACAGCAAACCUUUUUGCCACAGCUCGCAUUGAUGUGUCAUCCUGGAUGAACUGCACUACCUGAGCCACUUGUGUGGGUUGUAGACUCCGCCUCAUGCUACCACUAGAGUGAAAGCACCGCCAGCAUUCAAAAGUGACCAAAACAUCAGCCAGGAAGCAUAGGAACUGAGAAGUGGUCUGUGGUCACCACCUGCAGAACCAUUCCUUUAUUGGGGGUGUCUUGCUAAUUGCCUAAUUUCCACCUUUUGUCUAUUCCAUUUGCACAACAACAUGUGAAAUUUAUUGUCAAUCAAUGUUGCUUCCUAAGUGGACAGUUUGAUUUCACAGAAGUGUGAUUGACUUGGAGUUACAUUGUGUUGUUUAAGUGUUCCCUUUAUUUUUUUGAGCAGUGUAGUUCAAGUGAUUUUUUUAUACGUAACCUUUAUUUAACUAGGCAAGUCAGUUAAGAACAAAUUCUUAUUUACAAUGACGGCCUACGACAGCCAAACUCGGACGAUGCUGGGCCAAUUGUGUCCCUAUGGGACUCCCAUUCACAGUCGGAUGUGAUACAGCCUGGAUCCGAACCAGUGACGCCUCAAACACUGAGAUGCAGUGCCUUAGACAGCUGCGCCACUCAAGAGC